UGUAAAAUGAUCACCCACUUCGAAGCCAUGGCCAUGCAAUCAGCACACUGUCUCAAUCUGUAAGGUUGGCUCCAUGGAACCAUGGGCAACAGUGUCCUUAGGCGAUACAGGACACAGCCAGAGGCCAACCAUGACGGCUGGCGCAAGCCCAAGGCAAAAAGUGCAGCCAAGGACAAGGCUGCACCGGCACCGGAUGCAAAUCAGGUGGCACAGACCUGGCUCAGAGCUGGAGUCAAGAGCGUCAACACCACAAACGCACCUGGAGCCCCUCCGGGAAAAGGCAGUUCCGCUGUACAUUCAUCGACUGCGCCGUCACAGGACGACGAUGAUGACCUGGCGGGCUUUUCCAAUCUGGCGGAUGCAGCAAACAAGGUAUGGGAUGACUUGAUGUCACGACAAAGUUCUGUGAAGGGGAAGCAAGAGAUGAAUGCUCUUUUUGGGCUCUCAGAGUUGAAGGAUGCCGUCGAGCGCUCCGUCAAAAGGGUCGAGGUGCUGCAACGACAGGUGGACACUCUCUCCUCAAGACUUCAUCAGCAUGAGUCUUCUCUAGAUGACCUGCGACGAAAGUUUGAGGCGAGUCCUGCGCCAUCUACUGGCCAGUGGAAGUUGGGUGACAUGGCCAUACGGCGCGGCAAAGGAUUCUGCGAACUUUCCAUGGUACAAUUGGAUGUGCAGCCACCAUUUUUCGAGGUGCGAAUGUCGACCACAGGGAGCAUAGUUGGUACAGAGGCAGAGAAGCUCCUCCCUCUCUCAUUGCAGCAACAAAAUGCAGCGAAAGCGACCUUGAAGGAUCAUGAGCAGGCAAAGCAAGCAUUAAGCACUGCUGAAGAGACGCUAUUGCAAGCACAGGAGGAGCUUCGACAGCAACAUCAGAGCUUGACAGAGCAGGUGGAGACAAAACUGAAGGAGCCUUUAGCACCAAAAGGAUUGCCAGAUUUCAGCUACCUCUCAAAGGCAGAAGCAGGGAAUGCUAAGGUGCCAGAGCCGUCUGCGUACCCUGAAGUCAAGGGGGUCAAAGAGGACAUGCGCAGUCGCAGCAAGGCACGGGAGGAAACAAGAGAUUCCCGGCCUGAUGCAGCUCCAAGUGUGAACAGUACGGCGAGUACGACUUUGCCUCGGCACGGCCCAUCUGGACCCGCUGGCUUCCCUUCUUUCGAAGAUUUGAGCAGGAUGCAGAAAGAGGCAGAAAAGCAGAAAGUGGAUGCCUCCAAGCCGUCCUCUUACCCGGCACCACAUGCGACUCGGGAGGUCUUCAAUCGUCCAGAGGCCAACCUUGACAAAUCUUAUGGACCUACAGCUGCGGCUGACGUUAAGGAGUCGACAACAAAGAGCACAAUGCGAGAAACGCCAUUCGUGCCAGCUGGAAUGCCAGGCAUCCCUACUGCAGGUGGAGCUUCUGGCGCUGCCUCCAAGGCCUCUUUGUCUCAGCAGCGUGCACAGCAAGAAGCAUUUCUUCAUCAACAGGAAGCUCAGCUACAAAGAGAGGAGGCACAAAGACAGCAGCAGCAGGAAGCUCAGCGACAGCGCGAGGAAGCUGAACGGCAAAAGCAGGAGGAAUGGCAAAAGCAGUCGGCCAAGCAUGAGCACAGGGAGCAGAGAAAGGAGCCUGCGGCACAAGCACCUCCUCAGCCACAAACCGAAUGGGUACGAUACAAGACUCCCGACGGGCAAGUCUACUACCACAACGAGAACACAAACCAUACGGCCUGGUCUUUGCCACCUGGUGCCACAGCUCGUGAACCCACCGUGGCUGGGGCUUCUACUGGACAGCAAGGCACAAACCAGUCGCAGGAAGAUCCUUUUGCAGACCUUCGAAAGCAAGAAGAGGAUAAUAAAAAGCAGCGAGAAGAAUGGCAGCAGUGGUACCAACAAUAUACCACAUGGUAUUCGCAGCAGGCAGGGGCCGGAGCCAAGAAUGACACGUCUGGUGCGCAGCAGCAGCAACAACAGCAGCAGCAACAACAACAGCAGCAGACCUACGUGCCUCCAAAAGGACCUGCUCCACCAAAGCUUGAUGCCAAAUUUGAAGACCAUGCACUAUAUCAGAUCAAAAGCUCUGUUCUCAAGGAGAUGGAGUCCAUGGUCAACGAGGGCAUGGAAGUGGCAAAAAGGAAAAAGGCUCUGAGGUUCUUACAGCUACGCUGGCAUCCAGACAAGAAUCCGGAUAAACUGGAGAUUGCCAACAGCAUUUUCCAGUUCAUUGAAGAGACGAAGCCAUGGUUUUUGCAUGACCCCAACGCAGAGGGCAGCUGACAGAGAUCUGCUGCCGUGAGCGGUGCCAGCAAGUGCCUAGAAGUGUUUCACAAGCAAAGUCCAUGAAUCCAGA